UAUUUCAAGAUUUUUGUAUAAACCAAACAAAAAUCUUGAAAACAAAAUACUGACAUUAGCAUCAUGGUUUAGUGUAAGCUUUACUUACUACGUAACUUGAUAGCACACAUUUCUGGAUUAUCUCCAAUUUUUACUAUGAUUUGAUUAGAAAACUAGGCCUGUUUGUAAUAAUGUAUGAAAAUUAGAAGAACAGUAUUCAUCAUUUAGUUUACAAGUAAGUAUUCAGUUUCGACGUGAAGGCCCUUUUCCCUUCCAUUCUCUGCCAUCAUAUCCAGGAAUCAAUAUACAAAUGCAUGAUUGGUGAUGUUCAGGUGUUCAUAUUAUAAAAAUGCCAGGGUUUUGAGUAGUAAAAUCGUCUCUGUAUUCAGUUCUUGUACACUUUUCUGAGUUUUGGUAGAAUUAGAGAAAGAUUAUAAGGUAUGACAACACUUUGAAAGUUCUGCUGCAAUGAUGUUCUUGACAUCAUAAAUUUGCAGACUGUAAGUAUUGCUAUGUUUUUUUCUCUUCUUGAUUGUUAAUUUUGGAAUAAAAUUAGUGUUUUACUUUCUAACUUCAUGCUGCUGUAGAUAGCUUUAUCAUGGUAUACGUCCACCAUUGCGGUAUGGUCAUAUUAUUUUUCAUUUACUUAGUAUAAGAACAAGACAUUUGUUCUGCACAUUUCCUCCCAUGAAAUAGGUGAACCAGAGCUGGAUCUUCAAGGAUCUCCAUUACCAGAUUGAGUAAUAUUACGGUGACAAUAUAACAUCCUUUUGGCUUGGGGAAGUCCUUGCGAAAUCCUACAUUGUUCUGGGCCUUCUGGCAAAAUAGGUGCUUGUGCUGGGGAGUAAUGGCCCGGUCAUGACAUCUUACAUUGUUCUGGUAAAGGACUUGCCCAAGUUGCUUCUUGAGGAGACUCACCAUAUCCACCAGUGUCCCUCACGCCACUUACACCAGUAAAAAAAAGAAAAGGGCAACAAAUAAAAAGGCAAGCUAGCAGAUGAUAUGUAAUCAACCACAAAUUACCUCCUCACUGGUUAAAUUUAUAGGAGAAACAUAGCAGGAUAGAAUUUUUUUUAUAAAGAAACAGCAGAAGAAGCACAAGAAGUUAGAAGACCCCAUUCAUCCACUAGUACAAUUCCAAAGAUUUUUACCGUUUUAAUUCAAUAUUACAGCAGAAUAGAAAUAUUUUUAACCAUUCUGUACGGCAGUAAUAAUAUAAAGAAACAAACAAAAGUUAGAAGACCUCAUUCAUCCACUAGUAUAAUUCCAAUUCAGGGUUCAAAGAAGUUGUACAUUUUGUAUUCUUCCUAUAAUGCUUUCUAGGGUUGGAUUUUGCUGUAAAUGGAGAAGAUGGCUGCUGGUAAAGAGCUGCCGCCCCCUGAGAAGAGUUUAAUGAUGAUACCUCCAGAUGAAGAGCGUUGCUGUAGAACUAAUGGAGUUGGAUGGAGAUGUAACAAAUCCAUGAUGAAUCUUGGUGUUUCUAAUGAUGAUGAUGGUCUUGAUACUAAGUAUUGUGAAAACCAUUACAAUUCCUUUAAAGAGCAGCAUAAUAAGAACCAGCAGCAGCAGAAGCACAAGAAGAAGAAGCUUAUGAGGAAAAGUAGUAGUGAAGAUGCUGAUGAUGAUUCUAGUAGUGGUACAGAAACUUGGGAUUCAACUUUCUUGGAUUGGAAGAAGGUAAAGUACCAUAGAAAGGGAAUUCAACCACCUCCUACUACUAAUGAUACCACCUCUGAUAUAGAAGGUGGUUCUGCUAAUGUUGGGACCAGGAGGAAAACACUGGAAGGAAAGGAAUCGUCUGGAAAACUAGAUUUGACAGAUUUUUUAAUUGAAAAACCUUCCAAUAAGAUGGACAAGGACAAGGAGAUGAAGCUGCCUCCAGAUGAACAACGUUGUUGUCUAAAAGCUAAUAAUGGCAGAUACAGAUGCAAGAAUUUUAGGAUGGGUCAUGGUGCUGCUGAUGAUGAUAGUGUUCUUAAGUCUAAACAUUGUGAACAACAUUACAAUUAUUAUGCCAACUAUAGUCAGAUGCUUAAGAAGAAGAGAAGUGGAAAUGGUGAAGCUUCUUUGAUCCCUUCGAAUAAGAUGAAACUGCCUCCAGAUGAACAGCGUUGUCGUCACACUAAUGGAGCAAGAUGCAGAUGCAAGAAUUUUAAGAUGAGUCAUGGUGCUGCUGAUAAUGAUGCUAGUGCUCCUAAGACCAAAUAUUGUGAAAAACAUGACAACUAUUACGCAGAGCAUUAUAAAAAUCUUAAGAAGAAGAGAAAUGUAGAGGGUGACGGUGCAGCUGGUCCUAUCAGGAGGAAGAGGAAAAUUGUGGAAAGAUCGGAAGGGUUUGAAGAACCAGAACCUGUGGUUGAGUUUGAGAGUAUAGAAAAUUAUAAGAGCAAGUGUUUUGAACUGUCUUCGGAGCUUGAGAAGAAGAAAGUCGAGUGCAUUAAACUCCAGGGUGAAUUAGCGGAUGUAAAGACUAGAAAGAAUGCUGCUAAAGAUGAUGAAACUGAAUGGGCGCCUGAAGAUGCAACUGGAUAUUGGAGGAAGAUGUUUUUGGGCUUGGAGAAUCGAGUUCUGAGGAUAGAAAAUGAAAAUUCAACAAUGAGAUGUGUAGAGUCUCGCGUUUCGGAUUUGGAGAGACUAGUCCGGAGGAAUGGAAAGGGUGAUUCAAAAUUGAGAUGUGUAGAGUUGUUUAAUUCUGAAGACAUAGAAUCUGAAGCGCCAAGUUUGCAGAAUGAUGUUACUCAAAGCGGUGAAAAACAAUGUGAUAAGAACUACAUGAGCAAACCUAAUGCUGAAACCAGCAGAGGGGGAAACAAUGAUUCUCAUGUGUCACAAUUGAAAACCGAAGAGAAGGUGCUGAAAAAUGUGUAUGACAUUGGCACCAAUAAUCAAAAUAAAUUGGAGUCUGAAUUUCCCCAAUACACUUCUGUGAACAUUUCUUCUGGAAGUCGGAAUUUAUCAAGUGGGGGUGAAAAUGUCAAGGAAGGGAAGGGUAGAGGCUGUGGGGUGGAGACACCAUCCCAAGCUAAUUCGGAAAUGAGUAGGAGUCCUUUUGUGAAAUUGGUCUCAGAUAGCGGUGGUGAAUCUUUUGAGGAAGAUUCUGAUAGUUCUGAUUCAGAAAGUUCUCUUGGUGACCUUAUUGACAUGAUAGCAAUGAAGUGCAGGAAAAUGAAGAAUGACAGAGAAAUCAAAUGGAAGUUUCAGGCUGGUAUGCUUUCUUCAUUUGAAGAGGAUCUAGAGCUCUGCAUGAAAGCUGUUUGUGCUCUCCACCGACAGCAAAUUUCUGAAGACGCCAAGGGGUUGUUCCAUUACAGUGAUGCGCUCAGACUUGUACGUUGACAGACUUGGUUGACACAAGAACAAAUUAGUUGGUCGACUUUUCCAUAGUUGUCAGACAAAAGAUCUGCUACCUUCCCCAGAGUUGGUUGACACAAGACAAAACGAUUUUCUUGCCCGUGGCUGUGCGUGCACAGGGAAGGAAGGCCAAUCAGCAAAGUUCAUAGUUGUGCUGAAGAAUCGAUAUUAAUGGUUUCCUGUUCUCAUAUAUACACUUCUAGCCUUAAUCAAAAUAUUUUCUUAAUAGGGGUACUACUUUGGCCAAGUUUCUAAUAGAUGGAGCCUGCGAAGGUGAUCUCAAGAAGUCUGUUAAAGAGUUGGAGACAUUGGAUUCUAAAGCAGUUGAAGACUGCAAGAGGCUGGCUAGAAGUUACUCGAAGCAAUUAUUUAGUAUCUAUCAAAACAAAAAAAGAUCCUUAUUUCCUUCCUAAUACAACAGCCAGCCGUGGAGAUUAAACUACUAAAUGAUGGAUUGCUGUGUAAGUGGCCUUCACUUUUUUUUGACUAGGCAUUACAACCUUGCAUCUCCUUUUAACCUCCUCAAAUUUUGACUCUGCAAAGUGAUGUUGUAUUAUGGUAGCUAUACUUGUUUAGCUCAUGGAACUGAUAUUGAGAUGUGUAAAAUCUUAUUUCUGAAAUUAAAGCUAGACUACCCCUUCUUCUUUCUUA